CCGAAAUAGCCCAGCAUGCCCCGUCGCAAGUUCAUGUAAGCCGCCGCGGCGAUGCUGCUCGCUUUUCGCUCGCGAACACCCCGCUAACCCGCACGCAGCGACAAGAAGACGGCGAUCAACUACCGCCUCGUCCACCGCGCCCAGAACGACCCCCGAAUCCACGAUGAAGACGCUCCGCAGAUGGUCUUUGCCGAGACUGCGCCGGCGAACCUGCGCGAAGGCGACGAGCCCGCCGGCAGUUCGGGCGCAUCACAGUACUCGUCGGCCUCACGGGCGUCACAGUUUUCUUCAGCAACCGGGCGCAGUAAGAUCAAGUCAAGGGGAGACCUCGAGAGCGAAUAUGGAGACAGCGUGCGACGCAAUGAGGGCGAAGCCGCCAACUACGGCAUCUUCUACGACGACAGCAAGUACGACUACAUGCAGCACAUGCGCGACCUGAACUCUGGCGGCGGCGACGCAUACUUUGUCGAGGCCAAGGAGGACAAAAAGAAGGGCAAGGGGAAAGAGAAGUUUAAUCUCGCCGAUGCGCUGAAGAAUGCCUCGCUGGACGACCGGCAGAGCGACGCUGGCUACAGCAUGAACAGCACGAUGAGCAGCGUCAGCGACGUCUUUGGCGAGGAUAUGGCACCCUCGGAGUUUGUUCGCAAGACCACAUACCAGGACCAGCAGAACACACCGGAUGCGAUUUCUGGCUUUCAGCCGGACAUGGACCCACGGCUACGGGAAGUGCUCGAGGCGCUUGACGACGAGGCCUACGUAGACGACGACGACGACAUCUUCGACUCCCUGCAGCAGGACGGCUUUGAGCUGAACCAGCGCGAGUUCGAGGCCGCCGGGCAGUUCGACGCAGACGCCGACACGCUCGACCGCUUCCUCGACGAAGACGACCAAGGCUGGGAAUCAGACGACACGGUCCGCGCAUCCUCAGCUCCACAGAAGCCCAAGGCCGCCGAACCCCUCCAGCCAGGCGAACUCCCCGCGCCCGACGAGGCACCACCGCUCGCAGACGCAGGCGACAUGGCGUACAUGGAAGAGUUCAAGAAGUUCAAGAGCGACGUCAAGGCCAACAAAGCACCCAAGCCCGCCGCACCGAGCGACAUGCAGUCGUCCGUCAUGACGGGCGCGUCAGUCCUGACCGCCGGAGGGCGGCGCAAGAAGCGCAAGGGCGCACUGACAAGCACGUCCGGGUACUCCAUGUCCUCUUCUGCACUGCAUCGCACCGACGCGCUCUCCCUGCUGGAUGAGCGGUUCGAGAAGAUCGAAGAGGAGUACGCCGACGACGGCUUCGACUUCCCAGACGACGCGUCCAUGGUGUCUGGCAUGUCGAAGAUGUCUGGUCUGAGCAAGAUGAGCGGCAUGAGCCAGUGGAGCUCCAGCGAGGCGCCGCCUCUGCGCUCUGAUUUCGACUCCAUCAUGGACGACUUCCUGGGCAACCACAUGACGGUGGGAAAGACAGGCAGGUAUGUGCGCAAGGGCAAGGUUGCGACCGGGAUGGAGCAGCUUGACGAGGUCAGGAGCGGAUUGGGCAAGGCGAGGAUGAGCGACAGGACGCAGCAGCGGUACGGCGCUUCGAAGGCUCAGUUCAUCUGAGUGGUGGGGUGGUCGUCGGGAGACGGCUGUGUUGCAUUUCAGGGCGUUCCGGCAAUAUGAAAAGGUAGACGUGGUGGGAAGGACAUACAGGCCGUCUAUACCCACGUCGAGGAUUCGUAGACUCAUGAAUGAAUGAUAUACAUUUUGACAGCUG